GCCGGGGAGGGCUGGGGGAGCCUUGCCAAAGUGGCCGUCCCCGCACACGUGCGCCCGGCCUCGCUCUGCUCGGCUGCGGAACGGGCGCGCGGAGGGGACUUGGGGGAGCAGGGGGGAUCGCGGCGCGGCCAGGUGAGUGCUGUCCCAGCCGGGGUGCAGGUGAGCGAGGGCAGAUAAAGGCGGCAUUGCGUUACCUGGGACCUGCGGAGGCGCGGAGGUUCCUACAAGUGCCGACAGUUCGGUGCGUGCCACGGCCCCGGGGACUUUGCUCCAGGGCACCACGUGCGGCACGAUCGGUUGGGGCGCAGGUUGACCCCCAGUUCCCAUCCCCAGGAGCCACGCGUGGGUGACACCGAGCUUGGCAACAGGGAUGGUGACGGGGACACCCAUGCCGGGCGGCCUCCCCGCUGGUGCCAAUAUGAGGGUCACAGCACCCCACUGUCACCCCCAUUGGGACGCAGCGACCCAGUGCUCACCCGUGCCGCACUCUCCCAUCCGGUGCCUCCAGCAGCAGCUGCGCCUGCUCCGCAGAUGGAGAAACCGAGGCAGCGCUGUGGCCGCGGCCGUGGGGCAGGUUUCCUUGUGGGCGCCCCUCCUGAGUCAGUAGGGCCGGGGUGGGGCCUGGCUCCCGCUGCACCCGGCCGGGAUAACGGGGAGGAAAUCACUUCUGCGUAUUUGAUUCCACCCCACAGGUCACCAGCGGGGCCGCUGCUUGUGAAAUGUGGCAAUGCCACCGGGCGCCCCGCGGGGACGGGAGGAGGGGGAGCCCCAGCCGGGGGGCAGGUGUCGUGCCCUUCGUGGCCCUGCUGCUGCUGCAGAGGAGGCCGGUGGCCGGGCGGGCGCUGCUGGGGACGGGCCCCGGGUGUCCCACCAACGGGCUGUGCCGCGCCAACGUCCAGGAGCAGACCCGCAGGCAGGUCGCGCUGCUCAACGCCACCGCGCAGGACCUCUUCAGCCUCUACCUGAAGUGCCAGGGAGAGCCGUUCAGCAGCGAGAGCGACCGCCUCUGCAGCCCCAGCGGCAUCUUCUUCCCCGCCUUCCACGUCAACCGGACCACCGAGAGGAAGGAAGUGAUGGUGGCCAUGUACAAGCUCUUCGCCUUCCUCAACGCCUCACUGGGGAACAUCACCCGCGACCAGGAGGAGCUCAACCCCACGGCCAAGGAGCUCCUCGACCGCCUCCACAACACCACCAAGACCACGCGGGGCCUCAUCUCCAACCUCACCUGCCUGCUCUGCAAGCACUACAACGUCUUCCAGGUGGACGUGAGCUACGGGGAGAGCACCAAGGGCAAGAGCGCCUUCAAGAAGAAGCAGCAGGGCUGCCAGGUGCUCAGGAAGUACGUGCAGGUCAUCGCCCAGGCUGCUCGUGUCCUCCUACCUCACCUCGGCCCCGCGUGAGCCCCGGUCCCCGCGCCACGCCACGGCCGGGACAGCGGACAUCUCCUUGUGCCCGUUUCACAGACGGGCACGGCGAGGCCCCACCACCUCCUCACCUCUCGCCUUCCUAUUUAUUACCUCCUGCUGAUGCUGCGCCGGAUCCGGGCCGUCCCACACAUUAAUUUAUUUCCCCAUUCACCGGAGGACACGAGCACGGGGCUCUGUCCCGUGCACCCCGGAGCCCCAUGGGGACGCUCAGCCCCACGGCCCGGGGCUCAUCACAGACGUUGUGAAAAACGGGGAGGAGGUGACCUGCUCCCAGCGGAUGCCCUCCAGCACCCAACAAAAGGGACUUUUCCCUUUUGGAUGCGUUUACUCCCACCGCAGCCAGCAGGGACACUGGGGACGCGCUCCCACCACACGCUAUGGGGCCGGCACCCCUAGAAUGGGGCUGAACUGGGGGUGUGUGGUGGCCAGGGCUGGGUCCCGCCACCUGAUGGGGACAGGGGUGCAGUGCCGGGGUGCACCCAUGGAUGUUCUGAUGGCCCGCUGGCACGGACGGGGUCUUGGCCAGCAUGGGGACGCAGGGACCGAGCCUGGGGGGGUGGCAGGAGGCGCUGGCUCGUCCCUGGCGCUGGGGCGGGGGCCGGGGGUAUUUAUAGGCUCGGACCUG